AUGACUUCACUUUACAGGAACUUCUUCAACCUGAUGGCAGCAACCGCUUCGAUCUCUGUGGACGAUUUAGUUUGUCCUCAAUGCUCGGAGAUUUAUUGUGUUCCUGUUCUUUUAAAGUGCGGCCACAAUAUCUGCAGAGUUUGUUUGCACAAAUUCUGGGAAUGGAAAGGAUGUCGAGAAUGUCCUGUGUGUGGCACCAUGUCUGUCCCCGGGAGGCCUCCUAUCAAUUUGGCACUAAAGAUAGCUGCAGAUGACUAUCAAGAGCGAAGGACCAGCGGGAAUGAAGAAGUUUGUUUUAUUCACAACGAGAAGCUGAAGGUCUUCUGUAAAAAUGACGAGGAGCCCAUCUGCCUCAUCUGCCAAAUAUCAAAGCAGCAUAAAGUGCACGAGUGCUGCCCGGUGGAGGAAGCUGCUCACCAGAAAAAGAUAGAAAUUUCCACCAUGUUGGAGUCCUUGAGAAAAAAACUCAGAAUACUGAACAAGACAAAGGCGCAAUGGGAGGAAACGAAAACCUACAUUCAGACACAAGCGUAUCAGAAUGAGACAGCAAUCAAGGCGGAGUUCGAGAAACUCCACCAGUUCCUUUGGGAGGAGGAAAAAAGUAGACUGAAGGUGCUCAAACAGGAGGAGGAAACAAAGACCCAGGUGAUGUACAAGAAGCUGGAAGACAUCAAAGACAAGAUCCAAACUCUCUCCACAACCAUCAGUGACACUGAGGCAGCACUGAGAGCAGAGGAUUUAAAGUUCUUAAAGGACUACAAGCUGACAAAGAAAGGGGCCAAAUCCAACAUUCGAGAGCCAGAGUGUGUCAGAGGCAUUCUGAUAAAUUCUGCAAAGCAUCUGGGACAACUUAAGUUUGGAAUUUGGAAGAAGAUGGCCACCGUUGUCAAAUACGUCCCCAUCACUCUGGAUCCAAACACGGCCCAGUCCAACUUAGCAUUCUCUCAAGAGCUGAGCUGUGUGCAGUACAGCAGCAAGCAGCUUCUACCCGACAACCCUGAACGCUGCACCAGCCGUGUGUGCGCGCUGGGAGCCAAUGGGUUUAUAUCUGGAAAGCACAGCUGGACCGUGGACGUGGGCCGAGGCACAGACUGGUACAUCGGAGUGGCCCAAGAGUCCAUCAAAAGAAAGAGCACCAUCUUCCUCAACCCCUCCGAGGGUUUCUGGGUAAUUGGCCUGUGCAAUGGAGACUCAUUCUGGGCUCAGACGUCUCCUCGCACCAAGCUGGUGACGAAGCAGAAGCCCGAGAGGAUUACUGUGGAGGUGGACUGUGACAAAGGAAAGGUAGUUUUCACCAAUGCUGCUGAUUUGGCUGUGAUACACACGUUUAAAGACAAAUUUACAGAGAGGAUUUUCCCCUACUUCUCCCCUGGACUGUGCACAAACGGGAAAAACGCGAGCCUGACGAUCUGUCCAAUGACGAUAAAAGUGGAUGUAGAAUAGCCUCACAGACGGUAGAU